GCGAUGUGGGUAUUUGGCUAUGGUUCUCUCAUAUGGAAAGUUGACUUUCCCAUAGAAAAGCAGGUGCAUGGACGCAUAUCAGGAUAUGUUCGUCGAUUUUGGCAAGGCUCUGCAGACCAUCGAGGCACACCAGAAACUCCAGGAAGAGUAUUGACACUUAUUCCAUAUGACGAAUGGCACAGUCAGUUUCGUGAUAGCGAUCCACAUCCAGCAGAAUCAGUUUGGGGUGUUUGUUACAAAGUGCCUGAUGAUCAAGCUGACAAAGUAAGAAAGCAUUUGGAUUAUCGAGAGAAAAACGGAUAUGAUGCACUGCAUAUUCAGGUGUUGGAUAAGGAAGAACAGGUGUUGGUCGAGGAUGCAUUGCUGUAUUUGGGAACCACAAUGAAUGAGAUGUUUCUUGGACCAGGCAAAUGCAUCGAGGAUAUUGCUCAGCAUAUUUUUGAAUCUGCUGGUGAGAGUGGUGAUAACAAGAGCUAUUUGUAUGAGCUAGACGACGCACUACGGGACAGAUUCGGUGUGUGUGAUCAGCACAUAUGUGAUUUGGCAAGACUCGUCCGCGCAUUAGAUAGCAAGCCUCCUAAGCCAUGCACGGGCAAUCACUCUUCCAAACCAAUCAAGAUGGCCUUGUAG